CGACAGUUUUUACAAUAGCCUUGAGCCAUAAUUUUGCGAGUCUCUCCAGCAUCCAUACCCCUGCAUGGUCUCUCUCCACCGGCCAUGCACGACCGUUUCUCUCCCCAACCGUGGAUUUCCUAUUACUCUCGUUACGACUCACUGAGCCCCAGGCCCAAGGAUAAUGAUGUGUUGUUUCUUGGUAGCAUAAUUUGUCACACGUAUAUUUCUUCUUCUUCUUCUCUUGCAGAAAGCACAGCUCCCCUUCUCUCACACACACUCACACACACACUUCUUGUUAAUUCUGGAGAACAAAUGAUCAACGUCAACACAUAUCGCAAGGAAAUAGUGACUUUAGGGAGUUGGAUUCAAUGGUUAUUCUGAGGCGUCGACAAAGGUAGACUUGGAAGAAAAAAAAAGGACAUUUCUUAAAAAAAAAAAAAGGAGAACAAAGGAAAAUCCAAGAGGAGAUUAUUGGAAGACGUGAAGCUUACUUUCUUUUUCGUCAGGUGGCGUUUACUGUCAGGAAGUCAUGUCCAGAUCGGGUGACAGAACAUCCACGUUUGAUCCGACACACAGCGACACCCUGCUGCACGGCCUCAACCUCUUAUGGAGGAAACAGCUGUUCUGCGAUGUGACUCUCACUGCCCAGGGACAGCAGUUCCACUGCCACAAAGCGGUGCUGGCGUCCUGCUCCCAGUACUUCAGGUCCCUCUUCUCCUCUCACAACGUCAUCCACAGCAACAACAAGGACGGCGGUGGCGGCGGAGGCAAAGGGGACCGGGCCAGUAGCGGCACCCCUUCGUCCUCCCCGGACGACAAGAUGGGGGCCCCUGGCGGCGGCGGCGGCGGCGGGGCCCGGCCCAUCAACAACCUGGUGCUGCAGGGCUGCUCCUCCAUCGGGCUGCGGCUGGUGCUGGAGUACCUGUACACGGCCAACGUCACGCUCUCCCUGGACACGGUGGAGGAGGUGCUGUCCGUCAGCAAGAUCCUCAACGUGCCGCAGAUCACCAAGCUCAGCGUGCAGUUCCUCAACGACCAGAUCUCCGUGCAGAACUACAAGCAGAUCUGCAAGAUCGCCGCGCUGCACGGCCUGGACGAGACCAAGAAGCUGGCCAACAAGUACCUGGUGGAGGACGUGCUGCUGCUGGACCUGGCGGAGAUGUGUGCCAUGCUGGAUGCCCUCCCGCCCCCCGUGGAGUCGGAGCUGGCCCUGUUCCAGAUGUCGGUGCUGUGGCUGGAGCACGAGCGCGAGAGCCGCCUGCACCACGCGCCCGACCUCAUGAAGCGGCUGCGCUUCGCCCUCAUCCCCGCCGCGGAGCUGGUGGAGCGCGUGCAGUCGGUGGACUUCAUGCGCAGCGACCCCACGUGCCAGAAGCUGCUCCUGGACGCCAUGAACUACCACCUGAUGCCCUUCAGGCAGCACUACAGACAGUCGCUGGCCAGCAGGAUCCGCUCCAACAAGAGGAUGCUGCUGCUGGCGGGGGGACUGCCCCCGGGGCCCGACCGCCUCCCCAGUAACCUGGUCCAGUACUACGACGACGAGAAGAAGACCUGGAAGAUCCUCACAAUCAUGCCUUACAACAGCGCCCACCAUUGCGUGGUGGAGGUGGAGAACUUCCUGCUGCUGAUGGGUGGAGAGGACCAAUGGAACCCCAACGGAAAACACAGCACCAACUUCGUGAGCCGCUACGACCCGAGGUUCAACAGCUGGAUCCAACUGCCCCCCAUGCAGGAGAGGAGAGCCAGCUUCUUCGCCUGCCGCCUGGAGAAGCACCUGUACGUGAUCGGCGGGAGGAACGAGACGGGCUACCUCUCCAGCGUGGAGUCGUACAACCUGGAGACCAACGAGUGGGUGUACGUGUCCUCGCUGCCCCAGCCGCUGGCCGCGCACGCCGGCGCCGUGCACAACGGGAAGAUCUACAUCUCAGGCGGCGUUCACAAUGGAGAGUACGUGUCCUGGCUCUACUGCUACGACCCCGUAAUGGACGUGUGGGCUCGGAAACAGGAUAUGAACACAAAACGCGCCAUUCACACCCUGGCUGGGAUGAAUGACCGCCUGUACGCCAUCGGAGGGAACCAUCUGAAAGGCUUCUCCCACCUGGACGUGAUGCUGGUGGAGUGCUACGACCCCAAGGCCGACCAGUGGAACAUCCUGCAGACGCCCAUCCUGGAGGGACGCAGCGGGCCGGGCUGUGCCAUCCUGGACGACAGCAUCUUCCUGGUGGGGGGCUACAGCUGGAGCAUGGGUGCCUACAAGUCGUCCACCAUCUGCUACAGCCCAGAGAAAGCCACAUGGACAGAGUUGGAGGGAGAGGUGGCAGAGCCUUUAGCAGGCCCGGCUUGCUCUACAGUCAUCCUGCCCGCAUGCCUUCCCUUUAACAAAUGACAACUAACCCACUGGACCGAAGGUGACGCAGGGGAAGAGACAGGCUACUGGGGGGAGGAGAUGGAGGAGGAGGAGGAGGAGGAGGAGGAGGAGGAAGAGGAACAUCCGUAGAAGGAAAAGAAAACCAGUUGUUACAGAUUUUUGUGACCGAAACCCUGCAGUCCAAAUGAUUUCUCGGGGGGGUUUGUGGACAAAUUAUUUUUUUACCCGUCUGACCAGAGCACUUUCGCUAACUGCUACUGGGUGGUUGGAAGAAGAAGAAAAAAGUAAAUUUGUGUUAUUCGUGUACCUAAGCUCAUCGGUGUUGAUAUUCGGAGGAAUUUACAGUUUUUAUCGUUUUUUUCAUAUCGAGUCUCUUCCUUUAGGUCUUUAUUUGUAGUGAGUGUUUUUGGCUUCUCUCUAUCGCACGCAUACUGUUGAACUGAACUGCAUUAUAGCUUUUUAUUUCCAUUGUAUCAUGUACAAAGUAAAGGUAUCAAUCAAGGGGGAGGAUGGGGAAUAUAUACUGUAGUUGGAACUGGGGAAGACGGCGAUUCAUCCCAGUGCUGAAUGGGAACAAUUUACGCGAGGGCUGGGCUGUUAUCAACGACAACGGUGACGAUCAGACCUGACGUCCUUUGUGGUAGUUAUUUAGCGCUAAAUUGUCUCAUUCAGGAAUCUAAAUGUAUUUUGUUAUCUGACAUGGUGGCCGGUAUGAAUGCCCCAGAACGUAUCAAUAUAAGAUGACAUAAACUAAAUGUUUUUUCGGACUUCACCCAGCCCUGAGGUUCAACAAUAUUUAACACCUAAGCCAAAUUUAUAUUCUGGUCCUAACUGGGAAACAGAGAGAGAAUGUAUCCGAAGGAAUCUGCCUGACUGAUCAGUUUGUGGUGUGAUAAUUGUCAUUAUUCUACAAAGACCGUGGUGGGGAGUGUGGUGAUAUGAAUUACUAUAUGACGGCACUAAUGUAUAUUGUGGGUAUACAGAUGUAGUACAAUCACCAGUUUUGACCGCUCGGCGUUAUAAACGUCCAGUUUGUUCUGAUAAUGUGUUAACUAACGGAGUGGGCCUUGUUUUAAUUGAUCUACUUUACAAGUUGAUGUUAUCAGACAUAUUGUUUUUGUUUUCUGGCCGCAAAGCGUUCAUUUGAUCGGAUCUGAAACGUCCUGGUUCUGAAUUACGUGGUUCUUUUCAAUGCACUAAAAGUGAACUUUAAUUUGUUUCAUGGGAUUUACACAAAAAAAAAAGUUAAUUGGUGUCACGUUAAUCUACUUCCCACCCGACUUCAACGGUGGAGCCUCCAGCGCCCAGGUUGACUCUAAUUAUUGAUGCAAUUCUGUAUAGUCUGGUGAUUUGGAUCCUUGUACAUAAACGCUUGCAGUGAAACAUUUUUGUGCACUCAACUUUGGAUUUAUUCUCAAAUCCUGUUAUGUCCUUUGCAUUUUAGAAAAAUGAAAAAAUAAAUUGACUCUUGAUGAUUA